AAUCCCCAAAAGGUCCAUCCAUGAGCUAACCAUGAUAAACUUUCAUGGAAUAUAUAAUUUACUUUUAUUUUCACUUGCACUUUCAUCGCUAAAAUACCCUAAAAUAUUUCUGCACAAACAAUUCUGCACAGCGGCGGAGCCGGAGCCGGAGGCACCUCUACGGCUACUUGUCCGAUCACAUCCAGCUUUCUCUAGUUCCAUAAGCACUGUGUGAGAUGGCAGGAAGAAAUCGCAUUCCUCGGGAAGCAUUUGAUAACCGCCGGGGCUUUCUUGCAGAAGGGCAUAUUGCCCGGGGUCCUAUGCCUCGACCCACUCCUCAUCCUGCCUUGUUAGAGGAGGAACUUGAAAUACAACAUCUUGAGAUACGCAGACUUCUGGGUGAAAACAGGAGAUUAGUUGAAGAUCGAAUAGCUCUUCAACGGGAAUCAGCUGCUGCAAAGGAGGAGGUAUAUCGAAUGAACCUUGCCAUAGGUGAUAUGCAAGCGGAGCAUGAAAUUCGCUCCAGGGAACUUAUCGAAAGAGGUUUGAAGCUUGAAGGGGAUCUUCGAGCUACAGAACCUCUGAAAAAUGAGGCUAAACAGCUCCAUGUUGAAGUUCAGAAGCUUAAUAUUAUGAAGCAGGAUCUAACUGGCCAGGUACAGACCCUCACCAAGGACCUUGCCAAGCUACAAGCUGAAAGCCAACAGAUUCCUCAUUUCAGGGGUGAGAUUGAUGGGCUGCAUCAAGAGCUUUUGCGCGCUAGGUCUGCCAUUGAGUACGAAAAGAAGGCAAAAGUUGAACUCAUGGAUCAGAGACAGGCAAUGGAGACAAAUUUGGUUACUAUGGCACGUGAAGUUGAGAAGCUACGAGCUGAGCUUUCUAAUUCUGAUGGUAGAGCAUGGGCUGCAGGUGGAUCAUAUGGGAUGAGAUAUGGAAGACAUGAUGCAAGUUUCCCUGCACCUUAUGGCGAGGGAUAUGGGGUUCAUAUGGGUGCUGCUGACAAGGGUCCUUUGUAUGGUGCUGCUUCAGCUUCACGGGGAGGACUUGAGAAACCUCAAAUGAAUCGUCGCUGAGGUGUUCUCUGUUCGCUUGCUGUCCAAUAGGAAGAAGGGCCUCUCUUUUAUUCUUGUAGUUGUGUUUAUAUUUUCGAGUCUCUGAUGUGGAACCAUAAUAUUCGGGUACUGAAGUACUGUGUGCUGCCUUUUAUCUUAAACUGUAUAGGGUAAUUAAGGCUCUUCCAUAGUUGAUGGAACUGGAUUUUUUUAAUUAAUGCCUAAUGUUAUGACUUUGUAGUUUAAAUAGCAAUGUUUGAGUUCGUUGCGUACA